CCUGCAUAUCUGGAGUAGGUGGAAGGGUGCUUGUGUAAACAGCUCAGCUCAGUGAGCACACACGCUUCUGUGGCUCGGACUUAAACGCUCAAGACCACACCGAAAAGAUGUCGGCAGCACCUCCUCCUGUGAUGCCUCGAAAGGCCUCAGGGGUCCGAGUCAUGCCACUCCGGGGACACCAGAUUCCCUCCGACCAGCUCCCCACAAGCACGGAUUAUGGAAAAGACACUGAUGCUAUCAUGGAUUCAAACCCUCCAUCUCAAGUGAAUGCAGAAAGAGAAGUGGAGAUACUCAACCACUGUUUUGACGACAUUGAGCGAUUCAUGGUGCGCUUGCAGCAGACGGCCGAGGCCCAGAGCGUUCUCAACCAGAGGACGAAAAGAAGCAGGAAGAGCAAGAAGCAGAGUCAAGAUGACCUGCUGACCAUGAAAGCAGUUCCUCCUCCAGCAGAAGAAUUUGUAGAUCUUUUCCAGAAAAUCAAGUACUCCUUCAGUCUGCUGGAUCGUCUCAAGUCAGCCAUAGAGAAACCAGACGCACCAGAACUCCUGCAUCAUAUCUUCAGACCUUUAAGACUGAUGGUGGUAACUACAGGUGGGGCGGACUUUGGUGGGUCAGUGAUCAGUCCUGCUCUGACUAGCGGUGCCGUUUCACUGCUGGAGAAACAUCUGACCGAGGAGGAAAAAGAACUGUGGACUGAUUUGGGACCAUAUUGGACUUCUCCAUGUUCUCACUUCAGCGUGUCCGUACCUCCAUACUCACCAGUUUUCUUGGAUGGAUGGCAACCGCAGGCAUUCGACUCAUCCGGUUUGGCUUUGGAAGAUCCCGUUGAGUCGCAGCACAAGCAGGACGCCCAGCAGGACGCCCAGCAGGGUCGAGAUCAACACACAAUGGACGGUGUUGUUGAAGAAACCGAUGAAGUAGAAGGAAAAGAGCUUCCACCACUUGGUGAAAGGCAUUACUGCUGCAGUUAUGACUUUGUUGCAAGAAACAGCAGUGAGCUCUCGGUGCUGCAUGGAGAAACAUUGGAGGUCAUCGAGUCAUCAAAACGGUGGUGGAAGUGCCGCAAUCGCUUUGACCAAAUCGGAUUCGUUCCCUUCAACAUCUUGGAACCAUUGUCCGCUCUGAGUAACAACUGUGGAGACACGCCAGUGACGUCACCUAUUUCGCCUUGCUCAACGACCUUCUUUUCUAACCCCCCGCUGAGCCCGGGUGGUACUGGUCCGACUGCUAGGAGUUCAACAGCGCACCUGCCUCAGAGCCCGGGUUUAACGUGCAGCACAGCGCCAGGAGAGAAUGGAGAUCGGGUCCUGAUCAUGAAUGACGAGCUUCUACAAAAGAUGGCUGAAAAAAGAGGCUCCAUGCGGCCUCCUCUUAUGGUGACUCGCUCCACAGAGACUUCUCUACCGCUGAACUACCGCUCUCCACCCGCUGAGGUGGAGGCCUGGCUCACUGCGAAGGGCUUCAGUCAACCGACAGUCCAGAGUCUUGGGAUUUUAACCGCAGCACAGCUUUUCUCCCUGAGUAAGGGGGAACUUCGGGAGGUGUCCCAGGAGGAGGGUGUCCGGGUUUACAGCCAAGUGAUGGUGCAGAAGGCGCUUUUGGAGGAUGUGCGAAAAGCCUCCGAAUUGGAGAAAGUGAUGGAAAAGCAAAAGCAGAAGAUUGGAAUAAUGGAGUGAGACUUUAUGUAUCUGUAAAUGCGAAUCAUUGAAUUAAAUGUAAUAUGAUGCGUCUUAUGUGCAGCUGAUUUGGCGAAUGUACUGAGUUUGGAUUUUCUUCAACGUACCAUCACCUUCUUGUGUGUUUUUUUACUUCACUUUCCUACAAGUAUUCCUGUUAUACUUUGUUCAUGCAAAUGAUAUGAAGGCCAAGUGUUAUGAUAGUGAUAUGAUAUAGACUGAGACUGUUAUAGCCACUAUAUGAACCCACAUCAAUGUGCAUUAUAUUCUCAUUUUCAUUGAAAACUGACACUUCCUUUUUAACUACUAAUAAAGUUAAUAAAACUUGUAUUUUAUAUUA